UCGCAACAAAUACAUCUUGCAUUGUGAUAAUAUGUCAUUUCAAUGUUGAUAAUAUUUUAUUUCGAUGUUGGCGAUGCUUAUACUUUUAAUUUUUUUGAACGUAAUCUUGUCUUCAUCUUAUGCUGUUAAACAUGAUCCAAAUAUACUGUGCCGAACUUGUGGUAACAACAUAUUGAAAGCUAGUGACAUAAUUUCAAAAGAAAGUCCAUCGUCUCUAUAUUCUUUUAAUGAUACAAUAUUUAAUGAGGAAAGUUCAUUGGUGCAAAUAUUAAGAAGAGAAGUUAUAUUUCAAUUCACUAUAGUUACUUCUAACCAAUCUAAUUGUAUUGGAUUUGGAGAGUGGGAGAAAGAAGAAUUGUGGUUUCCCGGAUAUCACUGGAAACCAUGCUUAUGCCCUGAAUGUGGAGAUAUAAUCGGAUGGCUCUUUGAAAAUCAUAACCCAGAACAAACCUAUACAUUUAAUCGCUUUUAUGCACUUAUAUUGCCUAAUCUUCUAAGUGAAAAAGUUUUACAGUCGCUCAUCUCAUAUCCAGUUUAAUAAACAAUGGCCGAGCUAUCAACUGAAGAUAAAGAUUUUCUAGCUCAAUGUGAAGAGCAGUUCAAAGAUAGAUAUACAGAAAAA